AUGGAUUCAGCCGGAAUCACAAAUAAUGAUAGUGUCAGUGCUGGUGGUGUGAAUCAGAGGGAGAGGUUUUCUGUGGAAUUGACACCCGGCCACACAAAUAUCGUGUCAUUAAAGAAACUAAGGCGUGAGGCUGGUGAAGUGGUGUCCGAUGAUUCUUUAGAAGAAGAAAACGAGGCAGUGAGUUUAAACACUAGCAAUAUUGGAAAAAACCAACAUUCUGAAUCAUCAAAUCUAAAAGACCCUGUUCAGUUGGAAAACAAAUCUAAAGAUAAGGGAAAGAAGAUUUCAAGUUCUGCAAUUUUGAAAUUUCAUGAUGAUAAGUCAACACAGCAUGAACGUUCAAUGAGCAAACAAGUUGAGCAAAGACUAGAGAGAACAACAUCAGAGCACUUGACAGAAGCACCUAAAUCAGGUGAUGAUGGUCUUGACAGGUCAAUCUUGCAGCUAGAGAACUUGGUUAAACUUUCAAAGGCACCACUUACACAUGUGCAAGGGCCAGAUGCUAUAGAAAAACAAUUGUCUCCUGAGCUCAAACAGAAUCUUGCAGAAGUUGCUAGGUCAACGCAACUAAUUGAGGGGGAAAUAUCUGAAGAAUUGAUAAAUCGUCUUAUGGGCAUUCUUGGGAAUUACAUCAAGCGCAAAACUUUGAAGAAAAUAUUGAAGGAAAUGAUCCUUGAGGACGUAUAUGCUAGAAAAACAAAAUGCAGUGAUUUCAAACAGACUAAGAAGGAUUUGGUCGAAAUGAUCAGACAUCAGGCUCCCUCUUCGAACGUCAAGGAAUUUUCUACUUCUGAACAUAGCACAGGCACAUAUGGUAUGGGCCAUCAGUUAGAGGAUAAGUUAUUUGAUGUGUAUGACACAUUUUGUCAGGGUUCUUAUAAAGAUAUGGCUCCCUCUUUGAUCAGAAAGCUGUAUGUGGAGUUAGCAGAAUUGUGGCCCAAAGAUACCAUGGACCCGAAUCAAAUACGGGAAGCAAUUUGGCGAGCUAGGGGACGUAGAAUGGCUGUUGGCCAUCGGUUCAAACUGGAGUUGUCACCAAUGACACCUGCAGCAAAGAAGACGUAG